AAGUGACCAGAAACCACUUCUGGUCCCAAAUGUUGAAAACACUGGAUUUUUAUACUCUGUGACUAUUUUACAUUAUUAUUAAACAAAAACCGGACAGGGUUUACCGGACGCGGGUUUUCGUUAUUUUUGAAAAUUAGUUGGAAAGUGUUUUUUUUAUUUCCUAAAAUGUAUUUAAAGUGUUUUUUAGUUUUAUUUAUUAUCGGAUAUAUUAAAGCUGAUUAUAUGUAUCCUUCAUCAGCAUCUUGUGGAUUUCCACGUUUAGCGAAUGGAAGAGUGCGAGUGAGACAGAAAUCUAGAUUAGUGAAGUUCAUUUGUUCGCCGCGGUACGAGUUGGUUGGCAAUAAAUAUGCCACAUGCAGAGGUUCGCAGUGGGACGUGCCAUUGCCUGUUUGUGUCCGUUCUGGAUGCACCGUACCUUCUAUAGAGAAUGGAGUUGAAAUUCCUUCAAGACAAAACGCUUGGGUGGUCUUCUUCUGUCUGCCCGGACACAAGAUGAUAGGCUCUUCGACUAUAUACUGUGAUGGAAGGAAAUGGAAUGGAACUGCACCAUCAUGUGUUGAUGCAACAUCAUCUGGUCUACCAAAAUGUGACUUCGAAGAUCCCAAUAUCUGCGGUUGGAUGCAGGAUGAUCUGCACGACUUCGACUGGACAAGGCUGAACCAUAAAUCGCCUUCUUACUUCCUCUUCACUGGACCUUCGUAUGAUCAUACCUACGGGAAAGGGGGUUCAGGUUACUACAUGUAUAUUGAGAGUACUUCAAGAUUACAAAAUGAUACAGCUCGCCUCAUAUCGCCAAUAUACGAUGGCGGAUUGGCUAAAGAUGGCUGCUUUGUAUUCUUCUACCAUAUGUAUGGAAAAACGACUGGUGGUCUCCGUGUGUACCAGAAACCGGAAAACUACGCUCUCAGUUCCCUCCUCAGUCUGAACAGUAGCGAGAAACAGAAGUACAUACUGUUCGAGAAAUGGGGAAACCAGGGUAACACUUGGUACGACGCAGUCCUACCGCUUGUGGACUUCUCAGAUAAUUUUCAGAUUGUGAUCGAAGGUAUCCGAGGGUCUAGUUUCACCAGCGACAUCGCAGUAGACGACGUGGCUAUCCUGCAAGGCAAGAACUGCACCGCCGCCCAGCUUGAUGCCACAACUCCCUCCGUAUUACUAUCGGAUUCCUGUGUUGGUCGUUGCGACCUGCUGGGUACCCAAAAGACCGGCAAUGGCUGCAGCUGCACAGCUUCUUGUUUCGCAGAAGAAACGUGCUGUGUUGAUUUCUUCGACACUUGUAUAUUUUCUAAUGAUGGCGAUACUAACAACGAUGACAAUGCAAGCAAUACUACAGAAAUAGCGCCACAAACGCAAAAAUUAAUAGCCAGUUCAUCAGAAACUACCUCAACUACAAUCACAACAACUACAACCACUACCCCAAGAACUACCUCAACAAAAAGAACAACAACUACUACUUCUACUACUACAACAACAGCUAAACCAACAACCGCUAAACCAACAACUGCUAAAUCAACAACAACUAAACCAACAACUACUUCAACAACUUCAACAACCACAACAACUAAACCUAAAGUCACUAAGGUUGUUGAUACAGGUGUUGUUAAUAAAACAAAUCCAAUAAACAAAUCCUCAACAACACAACAAUCUACAACAACAACAAUAUUACCCACAACAACUGUUAAAACAACUAGCGCCAAAGUUCAGAUAGAUUACUCUUACACGACAAUACAAGACGUAUUUCAAGAUGAGGUUAAAAAAGAAACAAACGAUGAAAAAAUUGGAGAAAAAGAGCAACAUACUAUAGUAUACGCGAAAGAACCUAAAAAAUCUGGUAGUCUGAAGACGAGUCUUAUAUCAUUAUUAGCAAUAUUAUGUUGCAUUGGUUUAGUUUGGUUAGUUUUGGAGGUUAGAAGUUCCCGUGGUCGACGUACAUUGGCGCGUAUUCGAGGUCAUAUCACCAGCGAUCCAGAGGUUCGAUAUUUAUCAACUGAUGUAGACGAUGAUUAAAUUAUUUUAUAAAAAUUA